AUGACAUGCAAGAAAGGCAUUGACUAUGCUCAAACCUGUCCCAUUGGCUGGAGGUAUGUUCCCAAGGGUCUACAAGGGCCAGAGUGCCAAGCACCACCUACAUUCUACACGGAGUCUGUGUGGUGCCGGCAGCAGCUGACUCCCCGACAAGUUGUGCCAGCUCGCCUCGAUGAGUGGUCCAAGAAGGAGCUCUAUGAUGCUUGUUGGAUUCUGUGGCCUUGCCGUGACGUGAAGCACGACUAUCGCAAGCCAUGUCCGCAAGGUUGGACCUGGGAGCAAGAUGGAACCUGCUCUGCACCGUACUUCUACCGCGGAACAUGCCCCUGGAGCGUGAACCUCCUCCACUACACCGAAGGCAUGAAGGCGACCUUUGCUGCAAACUGCGGCGUGGGGUGGCCACUGGAAAGGGGCUACGAGGGGCAGCCAAAGCCGCUGCCAGCCAAAUACCCCUCACAUGCACCGGGUCGAAAGCCUGCAUGGGAAUGCAAGCGCAACUUCAUGAUGGACUGCCCUGAUGGCUUCUACUUCGAUGGAGCCAUGUGCCAUGAGGAUGGAAGCUACAUCGGGGCAAACAUGAAGAAUUGCGCUCAUUUCGACCCGCGCCGCUGGACAAAUGAGAUGAAGGAAGCCUUCUCAGCUCACUGCCACGUUUGGUGGCCCUGCAAUCAGGCUGCUGGUGCCUCUGGUACGCGGACGCUCGCCAAUGGGCCUUUGACCCAAGCGCGGAUUCUGCUGCCGCUGCCCGCAGCGGCGGUUCUUUGCCCGGAGCUGGCGCCAAGCUGCUGCCGUCGCAAGGCACUCCGGCGGUUCCUGUGA